AUGAAUAAUAGUUUUGAUGGAUUUGUGCCUAUUCAUGGUAUAUUUUACUCUGUGUUUCACCCAACCGAGGGUACAAAAGUCAGUUAUGAAUUCCCACCUAGUAAUUUGGUGAAGUCAGGUAUUAACUUCGAUGCUAUAAAGAACUAUGUGAUACCUAAACCACAACUAUGCCAUAAGUUAUUAACUUUGAAAUAUAAUAAUUAUAGAAUAGUGGGCUAUCCGAUCAUAAUUAACUCAUCAUUGUACGCUAGAAAUAACUUCAGCUUUAACUUAGUUUUUGUAUUUCCCUAUGAAUGUGAAACAUCCCCAUACGAACCAGUGGUAGAAAGGUUGGGGAAGAUGUUCUGUGAAUUAGAAGGCCAAUGUCAGUUCUUAUCAAAAUGUGAGAAGGAUAUGGCUUACUUUGAUUUCAAAUUGAUUUCAAAUUUAAUAGAUCAAGACAAGUCGAACACAGAACCAGACAAUAAUAUUCUUUCGAAAACAAACUCAAUGAUACUUCCUACUAUAAGUAAUAUAGAUACUACAGUGGGAUCAACUAAUACCCAAGAUAAAGCUAAUUCAAAGGAAGUCGAAUAUUUAUUUUCCAAGUACAAUGUUAUCCAAAAUUAUAUUAAGAAUGAUAAAAUGCAACUCUCUAUGAACGAUAUCUUAAUGCGAGUAUUUCAAGAUUUAAACAGUUAUUCUGAAUGUUAUAUACCUAUCGAUGAUGGGAAUGCUAUUGAUAUAAAACUAUUUCCUACAUUAAUGCCUCCAAUUGAUUCAAUUUCAGUAGAAGAUGUACCUAUACCCACUGUCAAUCUUAAUAAAAUUAUUGAUGUCAACUGGGACCCAACAAUGUUAAAAAUAGUUCCAUAUAUCGAUGGUUUAAAUAGCAUAUUUAAAAUUGCUAAUUUAAGCAAUAGUGAUGCCAUGUUAGUGAUUGAAUGUAUACGGCAUUUUGUGUACUAUGGCUGUGUUAUUCUCUCUGAUAUUUUUCAGUUUUCGAAUAUAUAUGCACCAACCAGUUCAAUUACAGAUUUUUUGACGGAUCCAACGUUAGCGACAGAAUGUCAAAUAUAUGUCACAAGUCCAGAAGACUCUUUGCUAUCAGCAUUACCCUUUAAGAAGGGUAGAAAAAUGGUGAAAAAUAGGAGAUCUGCAUCGAUUGCUUCCCAUUUCACUUCUUCUAGUUCAUUGAGACAAAAUCUAAACUCAAAAGCUUCCUCGUUUAUCUCUGACGAGGGGCAUCAUAAUGAUGACACAGCAUAUCCAAACCAUGAUUCUAUAUAUGAAAAUAGACGAAGGUCUGAGAGCAGUUUUUCAAGUGGAAAUAAUGAUGAAAUGCAUCAAAAUCGAAAUUAUUUACCAACUAAAUCGACAUUAUUUGAUCUAUACAGAUCACUAAGUCAAGGCGUUAAACUGGAGGAGUGGUAUCAAAUUAAUUUUAAUAGUAUUAGAGACAAUUUUAUCGACAUUAGACGCUUCAUAAUAUUUGGAAUCAUAAAGAGAAUCAUUUAUAGAUGUCAUUCAUAUCCGCUACCUAAAAAUUAUGAAGCCUUCUCAAAGCUGAAUGAUCUCAAAAACCUGCAAAACGGUCCAAAAAUAGUAAAGAAUAAAAGUCAAAGUUAUACUUAUAACAUAUUUUCAACUUCUGAUAUUAAAUUUGGAGUUGAUUUGUAUACAGAUACAAAAAAAAAGCUACAUACCCUGGAUGUCGAUGUUGCGGAUAGAGUGUUGAAUAAUGUAUACAAAAAAUUAUCCACGAAUGGAAGACCUACUACUUCGAUCAAUGGACAAGGACAACAUCCUUCAAAAGUUGCAUUUAAGAAUCAAUCUUAUGAUAAUGAUCUUCCAGGUCUAAUGAACAAUCUUGGGAUUGAAGCAACCAAAUUUAGUCGUGAAAUAAACAUAAAUGACAAAAUAUAUUUACUCGAUGCACUUCAAUCUGCCGAAAAUUUGGAUAAUAUAUGUUCAAAUCUAGAGUUGUCCAGAGAAGAAGUUGAAACACUUUUAAAUGAACUUACCGAAUACCGCAUUAUAAACUGUUAA